UUUCCCAUCCGGAGCUCUGCUCGGAACUGCUCAGGCGGCUCGCCGCGCGCGCCCCGCCGGGGGGACCGGCUCGGACGCAGUGGCGCGUGGGCGCUGCGACGAGCCCGCGCAUCGCUCGGCCUGCGCCCGCGGCGCCGCCCGCUGGUCGCGGCAGAGAGCGGAGGAGGCUCAGGCAUGUCCCCUUGCAGGGGGAUUUUUGACGAAAAUUUAGAAAAUAUUAUAUAUAUAUAUAUAUAUAUAUAUUGCUGCUGGACGCUCGAGCGGCACCACCAGCAGGACGUGCCGCGGCAGGAUUGCGGCGAGAGCUGCCGCGGAGACAGCGCCUUCAACCAUCGGGCUUCGGCAAGCGCGCCGAGGCAGACCGCCAGGGUGCGGAUGCCCUCGCCUCCUCGGCGGGUCGCCAAGACGCGCGUCCAGCGCACGCAGCAGCAGCGGAAUGCGAAAAUUGUAGACUCGGUCAACUCGUGCAGUGCGGGCGCGGCCGGAAGAAACCCUCGCAAGAAACCCAACCCUGAGAACCCGCGCGCGAGGUGCACCUGAAGGGAAGCCCCGAGCGCCCUGAGCGCAGCAGCCCCUUCAACGGCUGCGGGAAGUCACCGCGCAGCGCGCGGAGCAAAGAAACCCAUGGUACCCUCACAUGGCCUCUUGAUGCGCGCCCCCACUGCAGUGGGGGGGGGAGGCG